AUGCCCGCUGGUAACGGAAGACCCGGCUCGUCCGACAGCGACGAUGGCUACUUUGCACUCCCCCCAAAAUCUACUUCUCCCCCCACCACCCGCGGUACCCCCGAUCCCCUCCUCCGUAAAACCAGACGCAUGAGCACCUUCAGCGAACAUUCGGUAGCUUCGAAUUCGGCGACUACAGCACCGCGACCGUCUUCAGCUGCGUCUUCGUCUUCGCGUAAUAAUCGUCGGCAGCCUGCACCUCCGCCCACGAACAACUAUUACACUGCAGCAUCACAGCAGCAGCAACAGCAGCAGGAGCAGCAAUACCAACCCCAACAGCAGCAGGGUCUCCCUUUCAACGAUAGAUCCGCGGAGGAGAGAAUGCAACACCAUCGGGAGCAGCUGCAGCAGUAUGAGCAGCAUCACGAGCAGGAGCUGCAGCAGUACGACCAACACCUGCCAUAUGGGGGGCGUCCUGCUUUGGGGCAGCAGCAUCCAGCGUAUGAAGAACACCCUGCUUUGGGACAGCACCCGGCGUAUGAGGGGCACAUGGCCUUGGAACAGCAGCAUCCGGCUUUCGACCAACAUCCGGCAUUCGGAGCACCCCGAGCACCCUCGGAAGCGGGCUCCGUCGGCCGCAAUGACACACCAACCUCCUACCGAAGCCGCGAGGUGGGACGGACCGGCAGACUCAGGGCCGACAGCGGUCGAUCCCACCACUCCCAAUCGCCGCCGCAGAACCAGCAUCCACACCGCCCUCCUACGGAGGAACCUCCCGUGAACCCGUUCCCACAAUUCCAUCAGCAGUACUGGCCUCCGAGUCGCAUGACGUCAACGUCGACAACAGCAGGACGUCGAGGUUCUCCGCCACCUCCCGAGACCCCUGCAACGGCAGCAAGUGAAGCACCGCCGUUCCGGCUCGGCGAAGCACCCCACCAGCCACUACCAGGCGCUGCUGGCCGGAGACGUCAACCGCCGACGCAAAUCAAUGUGGCUCCGUCGCCAAUCAGUGCGACUGCCACUGCAGUCCCCGGCUCCCAACCGGUACCUGCUCCACGCCCGUGGACUCCGACCGAGCAGCCCGGUUCGUACCCCCAUGGUCCACCGACGGUCUGGCAUGGAACCGGAGGUCAGAAUAGCGAAGAGAAUCUGCAGGAGCAAGAGGAUAGACCGGACAGUCGAUCUAGCCGAACGAGCCGAACGAGCCGGCCAGACCCGCCUAGCCAACCCAGUAUCCCCAGCCUGCCCAGUUUACCGGCCCACACAACGCAAAGCCGAUACUAUCAAGUACGGCCGCAGGAGAAUGGUGAUGCUCUCGGCCAUAACAGAGUUUACAGCGUCCACGAACAUGCGCCGGAGGUGCUCGAAAGUGAUUUCCAUCGUAUGGCUUUGAACGCAAGUCCUCCGCCUUCGUAUGCUAGCCUGAGUCCUGGCGCGGGUCGGAAUGGCAUUCAGCAGUCCGGAGCAGCGGGCCAGGAAUAUCCGGAUGAGAAGCGGACAGUCGUGGUUGGAGCUGCAGCUCCGCCAGCGUCUUCGCACCCCGCAUUCCAGCACGAUCCAAAUCACACAAGUCCGGUAAACGAUAGGCAGGGACAGAAUUCGCAACCUCAGCAGCAGCAACCCCAACAGCAACCCCAACAGCAACCCCUACAGCAACCCCAACAGCAACAGCAGCAGCAGCAGCAGCAGCAGCCUCAACCGCAGCAGCAACAGCCUCAGAAUUCAGGCCAGUCACAGCAGUUUUAUCCAGAUCAGCAGCAACAACAGCAGCCACCGCCGCAACCACAGUUUUCUCCUCCGCCUCAGGGCGCCGGCCCUUCUGCUCCUCCGGUGAUGCCAGAAGGCUGGAUGGCCCAUCAAGAUGCCAAUUCCGGGGCAUACUACUAUAUCCACAUUGCUUCCUCGCAUACCCAAUGGGAUCCUCCAACGGCUGAGGACAUUGCUGCUCUCGCUCCUCCGCCGGCGCCUUUACCGACGCCCUUGAAAAUGGCACCGGUGCAGACACCAGGGUUUGCACCGCCUGGCACUCCGGGAUUCCCGAUGAAGGGCGGGUUCAUGCCACAAACGCCUGGGUUCGCGCCUGGGACUCCAGGGUUUCCGCCACUAAUGUCUCCGGGCUAUCCGCCCAAAGUUAACCCAUACGACUCGAUGCCGAACACUCCCGGGUUCUUCAAUCCACCGCCGACUCCACUUCCCAAUGCCGGCAUAGUCAUGUACAACCCAGCGCCAGUGAACGGCGAAUACUUUGGACCGUACCUGCGAUACACGAACAUGAACCUGGAGCACGGAAUCUGGUACGGCUCGAUCCUGCUGGUGACGGAGUACAUGCAGCCACCGACCGUGCACAUCCACCGAAGUCGUGAUCUCUCGCCCAACCCACCGCAACUCAAAGCUUCGGCGAUCUACACGCAUCGGACGUGGACCUUCUUCCGGUAUGACAUUGAACUUCCGAUGGAGGACGGAGAUAUGUGGACGUAUGCAAUCUCGACACCGGUGGGGUGCACUCGCUAUGAGUUCCUGGUGGCGGCGAGAGACGAUCGUAACUGGAGGUUUAUCUCGACGUCGUGCAACGAUUUCUCGAUGAGCGUACGGAGCGAGGAGCGGUCGAGACUGGGCGGACAUGGGUUCAUGUGGAAGGACUUGAUGCAGAAACAUCUGGAUUGCGGAGGGUUCCAUGCACAGAUUGGAAACGGAGAUCAGGUGUAUGCGGAUCGCAUGUGGAGGGAGUUACCGUCACUUAAGGAAUGGCUGCAAAUUCGAGGCAAGGAGAAUCGGAGGAAUGCCCAAUGGACAACACGCCACGAGGAUGAGGUUAUGCAUGCGUACUUCCACUACUAUACUAGUAGCUGGGAUCAGCCACAUCUGAGGGAGGCGUUUGCCCAGAUUCCGUACAUGUUUCAGCUAGAUGAUCAUGAUAUUUUCGAGGGCUUUGGCUCGCAUCCGGAAUACCUGCAGUUCUCGGCCAUAUUCAAGAAUAUUGGCCGCAUAGGCAUGCUGUGGUAUCUCCUAUUCCAGCACCAUACGACACUCGAGAUCUUGCACUCGAAAACAGACGACAAUGAUCUGUUCACCAUCACUGGUACCGGCUGGCACUUCAUCAAGUUCAUGGGACCCGCCAUCGCUGUGGUCGGCCUUGACACCAGGUCGGAGCGCAAUCAGCAUCAGGUGAUGGCCGGCCCUACGUAUCAAGGCCUGUUCCCCAAGAUAGCCACUCUUCCGCAAUCAAUACAACACGCCAUCAUCGUCGUCUCGGUUCCAGUGGUAUUCCCACGCACGGAAACAGCCGAGCACGUCAUGACAACAGUGGCGACGGGAAAGAAGGCAAUGACAGGCACGUACAAUCUCCUCGGCAAAGUCGUGGGCUCCGCAGCUGGCGUAAUCGGCGCCAAAGAAGUCGUAGGCUCUGGCUUCCGCAGCGUCAAGGAGGCGGUCGGCAAACACGGGUUCAUGGGUGGUGUUGUCAACGUGUUCGGCGAAGUCGACCUCCUCGACGACGUGCGUGACCACUGGACGCACGAGUCCAAAGACCUGGAGCGAACAUACCUCAUCCGCACACUGCAGGGGAUCUCGCACUCGCGCUCGCUCCGCAUCACGUUCCUCUCGGGCGCCGUGCACCUCUGCGGCGUGGGCAUGGUGCACGAUCCCAACAAGCCGCACGACCACAAGACGAUGUACCAGGUCGUCACCUCGUCGAUGGUGGACGCGCCGCCGUCCAGCUACUUCACGAAGAUGCUGCACAACAACCGCAUCCUGUACAUUCCGCAGAACGGGCUGCGCAGCACCAACGCCCCCAGCGACACCAAGGAGGACAUGAUGGAGCUAUUCCAGGCAGAGGUCGAUGGGCGCACCCGCGAACAGAAGAAACUCAUGGCGAAGAGGGGAUACGUCAUCUUCACGGGCUUCCAGGUCGACAGCGGCAUCGAGGCGAAGGGCCCCGCUACUAGUCUCGCGGUAGACUUUAUCGUCCAGGGCGAGGGCGUCUAUGCCAUGACGGGGAAGUAUGGGCCCGUGGUGGUGCCGCGGUUGGAGGUGGGGUAUUAAUGGCUGGAGGUGAGGGGGUUUCUUGGGUAUUGUGUGAGCUGUCGGGCUGGCUGAGGGUGCGGGGCGCGGGGCGCGGGCGUUCGAAAUCUGGUUUUUAUAUUAUAUAGUGUUCUCAACUUUUGGUUUUGUGGCGGCAUGUAGUAAAGGUGUGGGGAAUAUAAGAUGGGCUUGUGGGCCGAUUGGAGUCGUUC